CUGUGCCACUUGGAGGAGCUUGACAUGAGCUUCAACGUGAUGAGACUGAUGCCCGACGACUUUGGCAGUCUGAUCAAGCUGAUGAAGCUCAACCUCUCCCACAAUGAGCUGCUGAACUUUCCUCAGGACAAAGUGGAUGUCCUGGCUUCCCUUCUAGAGCUGGAUGUUUCUCAUAACCACAUUGAUGUGAUGCCUUUAGGAUUUCCCUACCUGUACCGGCUGAAGAGCUUGAACGCCAGUAGUAACGACCUGAAGUCCUUGCCAGGUGACUUUGACAAACUGAAAGCUGCCGUCUAUCUCAACUUCUCUGAUAACAUCAUUGAAUCCCUGCCAGAGAGUAUCUGCAAACUUCCGGCCAUUAGAGAACUGGACGUAUCCAAUAACAAAAUUGUCCUAGGCUUGCCAAAGGCUUGGGAAAACCUCAGGGCUCGCUGUGAUGUGAAACAAAUGGACCAGUCUUCCCACAAAAAGCGAGAACCACAAGCUAGGCCUGUCAAAGAAGAUCCCAAGUCAUCGCCGAAAAGCGCCAAGAAGAAAGGAAGUAUGAAAGGACAGAAGAAGUCACAGAUCGCAAACUCUGUGUCACAAGGAACUUGA